CACAGCAUAAUACGACUGGAGGGAAACACAAGCCCGCACCAAAACCCAAACCCUUGUUACCCUCCCAAAUUCCCAAAUGCCCAGACGACGCCUCAGACUAACCUGCUCCUCCGACGAUGAAGACGAAAACCCUAACCCUAACCUGAAUCCGGUUCCGGAUCCAUCUGAGCCCGUUGCAAUCUCAGACGACGACGAAAACGGCGACUUCAUCGACGUCUCCGACAACCUCAUCCCGUCCUCUCCUCCUCCGGCUCCGGCAUAUGAAUCCGUUGCAGUCUCCGACAACGAAGAAAACGGCGACUUCAUCAACUUCUCCGACAAUCUCACCCCGCCCUCUCCUCCUCCGGGGCCGGCGUCGGCGUCCGACUUCUCGGCACAACCACCUCCGGUGAACUCCACCGGCCAAGGAUCAGAAUCGCGCUCGGGUUGUCCGGUUGGGGAUUCUCUUAUAAGGAUCGGGCUGAGCUUGAAGACGGAGUGGCUGGACGCGUGUUUGAACGUGCUCCCGAGCUCGGUUCCGGGCUUCGCGAGCCUCGACGUCGCGGCGAAGGCCAAGCUAUGCUUCGAGCGGUUCUUGGCUUCGGACAUGAAUCUCUGCGGAAACGGUGUGCUUCCUCCGAACGUGGACUCAAUGCACCUGGUCGACCUGCCCGGGCCGUACGUGUUGCAGGUUGACGAGAUAGUAAAUAUCACUUGCCCUCUGAAGGGAAGGUAUGAGAAAGCGCCUCCAGGAAUCAAAAGGUGCCUCAAGUUAUCAAUGACGGACGGUGUUCAACGUGUGUUUGGCAUGGAGUACAGGCCUAUUCAAGCUCUUGAAGUUUUGGCUCCAGCUGGAUUGAAGGUUGCCAUCUGUAAUGUACAUAUACGUCAUGGACUUCUAAUGCUGGUCCCUGAAGCGUUUGAAGUUCUAGGGGGAUUGGUUGAGGAGUUGGAAGCAGCACACCAACGACUUGUUGAUGAAAUAAAUAAGCCACCAAGGGGGAAAAGAACGAGGACAGGAGUUAUUCCUCCUUUAGCAACUAGAGCAACUCUUGCUGCAUGGCCAUCAAAUGGUGCUAAUGAUGCCGGGCACCACAAUAGUUCCACAUUGCAAGACGCAACUGCCUCUCAACCAAAUAACCAAGGUGCUACUUGGGUCCCAUCUGGCAGUAAUAACAACCAAAGGACUACAGAAGAAUCUAGAGCUCCGGUUACUGUAGAAAAUGCUGCUUCUAGCACAUCAUCUUCUGUUAUUAUGGGUUUUGAGGAGAUGCAUAUAGAUACUGUUCCCUUUAGCAGGGGAAAUACAGUGCCUAACCCAUCCUAUAAUAUUGUUUCGGAGGUUGAGGAUAUUCAAAUGGUUGAUGAGGUGGACCACCCUGUCAUGCUAUCUGGAGACCGGGAGAUCCCAUUCACAUACUUGGCUAGUUUGUCAGCCAAGAUGGCAGCAAUGAAGGAAAAAUCACAUUCUGUUCAGGGAAAAAUUAAGUGCUUUUUGACUGGCGUAAAGGGAUUUCAAUAUAAGCAGCGGCCAACAUAUGAACUCCGGGUAUAUGUUGAUGAUGGUAGCCUUAUUUCUGAGAUCCUCAUUGAUCAUGAUGUUGUACAGAAAGGAAUAGGUCAUUCUCCAGACGAGGUCACAGCUGCUCUUUCUUCUUUGGACAAGAAAAAAGUUAGUGAUAUGAAGGAUACACUCAAACAGUUCCAGAUUUUCUUAGCGAAUUUUGAGGGCACAAUGCUUAUAGAGAUGAAUAAAAAUUCUUCGCUCCCAAAUGCCAUUGAGAUGAACCAGGGCUGUCCCGAAUCUGAUGCAUGGUUGCUCCUGAGAAGACUUAAGUCCAUUAUUCAUUCCCAAACACCACAUCAUUCCCCCUUAGAACCCAUUGAUGUAUCCCCUUGAUUGGCUAUGCGGUUUACCACUCUGGAAAGAAAUUAGGCUGUCAAAAUUGACAGGGUGGUGUUCAUGCCGAGUCCAUCUUUGGUGCAGGAGAGCUCCUUCAUCCAUAAACUGUGUUUGACAAGCAUUUUGGACGGACAUGAAAAGAUGUUCAUGGAUCAUGCCGAGUCCAUUUGACGGCCAUAUUUGUUUAUUCGUCUGUGGUUUGAGCUGAUUCUCCGGAUGUACAAGCUCUGAUAGGAGAAACUGAUUAGUUUGCGGGAAUUUAUUGCGCAUCACACUGGUUUUGACUGAACUUCAAUGAAGAAAUGUUGUUAGACUGAUUAAGCUCUCUUAGUUUAAGGAAAGUCAUCCGUCAAAUGGAGCCUUCCAUAUGAAGUAUAUGAUCUCUACGGUGAGAAAUGCCAAGCCAAUCAGCUAUCAGGAAAAAAAGACCAGGCCUGAGAAUGCUGGGAAGAGCUGGAGACUUCUAUUGCAUCUUCUGAAGUGAGUUGCACCAGGUAUUUGUUCCACAAAUUCCAAAUUGAAGAAUUAAUUAUAUCCAUCAACAUUUUUUUAUGCUACCACUUAUGCAGGUGCAUCAAAAGUAGCAUUACUUUCCCUUGUGAAAUGUAGCAAAAUGUAGUUUUUUGCCGAUGAACCUGGAAAUAUGGACAAUCGGAGUGGAAAAGUACAUAGAAAUUGAACUGGAACAACAAUAUGACUUC